AUGGAGGUAGCUGGGCCUGAGGAUCAGGAAAGCCUCACUCCAGAUUCCCCAUUACUGAUUGCUGAUCUUAAAGAAGAACCACCUUCAGUGACUGUCAGUUUUCAAGUCAAGGAUGACACUGCAUUGGAAACUGCAUCUGAAGAGCUGCUUGCAGAGGGAACCUUGCAUUUUGAUGACCCACUUCAAAAGGACCAAUUGAACCCUCCCUCAUUAGAGGAAACUAAACACAAAGAGGUUGAUUCCCAUCAUGCUCCUGCUACAGAACUUUCCAUCCAUGCUCCUUCUUCAGAUCUCUCUUCUCAGCCUGUGUUACCAAAGUCUUCUGUGAUGCUGAAAAACAGAAUUUCUAAGAAGGAGCUGGCAGAAAGAAGCAGCUGGUCCACUCUCAGAACAGGGGAUACAACAAAGUCCCACUUGUCUCUGCCUGCUCUUGUCACCAUAAAGAGGAUUGCUUUGUGGAACAGUGGCCGUCUUCGGAAAAGCACUACAGAAUCAAAGAAUGAGGGAGAUGCCAACCUCAAAAGCCCUGGGCUACGAGAGACAUUAGAGAGCAGACCUCCUUUAUCCUUCAACCUUACAGGUCCUGGCCCAACAACUUACACACCUUCAACUUGGGUUCUCAGCUGGCAUGUUCCACCAGCCUACACAUUUGGCUCCACCAUGCCCAUUAAAAAAGGCGGUGGUAGGACAUCAUGGGAGAAAAGCUGGUUCCAAGGCAACAGACCAUUCACAACCCAGACCACCUUCGAAGAUCAGUGGCCCUCACCAGCACAUUACAAGCUGGGAUCCACAUUAGGACCACACCAGCCAGUCCGGUUUAAGUCCCCCUGCUACACAUUUGGGAACAAACAGCAUCAUAUAACGAUGAAAGCUGGCCCACCUCCAAACAAAUAUGAAAUAGCCCAGGCGAGAAGACAAGUGUGGCCAACAUCACCUGCCUUCACUAUUCAGAGGAGAGUGCAGGGCACACAGCUAUGGCCAAAGAGAGAUGUCACUCCAGGCCCUGGCACCUAUCAAGUGAGCAGCGCCUAUUUGGCCACCCGGCCUCACCAACCAGCACACACCAUUCGUGGAUCUCGGAUCGCCACAUCCCACCAGCUGCUUUUUUUUCCCCAUGUGACUUAAAGCCUGCCUAGUUACACACUACCAACCACACUAGAAGACCUUGUUGGCUGGACUGGCAUUAAGCUUUAUCGUACAUCAUACAAAAUUAAAAUAUCAGCUUGAAUGUAAAUUACUAAAUGAAAAAACAUGUCAAGAAAGGUAUCAGAAUUUUAACAAAUGAAUAAAUGAGCAACUCAUGUAGUAUACAAUAGCAGAGCAUGUUAGCCCAAUCUAAAGAGGCAGGUAGCCUUGUAAUUCAGUACAAGAAAGAUUUGAAAAACAUGACUGGGGACAUAAUGAAUCACCAAAAACGAUCCCAAGGCUCAAUGACCAAUUCAAGUGGACAUGAAGUGAACAUAAAAAGCCAAUAUGACCAUGAUGAAUGAAAACAAAACAUAAUAAAACUUAUGAUGACCAAGUGAACAGAAAGAUGUUUGCAACUUCUUUUGGACACUGAGAACAGCUUCCUCAAGACAAGAGAAGAGUUAUGACAUAAUUUAUGGAAGAGCAGGUCCCAUCAGCAGCCAUAGGCCUUUGUCCCUAUCACCACCUACAUUUAUAUGUGCCACUUGCAUAUUCAUGUCCUUCUUUUCUCUUCACAUACUGGUAUCUUCACUAGACACAGGUCACCAAAUGUUUCCCAAAAUUUGUAUCCUUUGAACUAACAUUUAAGAGUGCUAGUAUGUCGCAGUUAUAGGGGAUUCAGGCCCUUUGCAAGAAUUUUUCAGAAAUGAACAAUAAACAGUGAAGCAAUUUAAAAUAAUUCCAUAACCUGGUAAAUUUGUUCUUUUAUUCUAGUUAUGGAGUUUGACAGAAUUUGUCACAUUAGAUAAGAAGGUUGAGUGCCCAGCACUGAUGAUUUUGUUUAAGGAUUUCAUGAUUUUUCAAAAUGCUCUUCUUCUCCUCUAAAUAAUGAAUAAAUAUGUCUUGGA